AUGGCUCCUGCUACCACAUUCGACAAAAUCAAGAAGGCUGCCAGAAACAGCCAGCGUGCUCUUGGUGGUGGUUGGAAGGGCCCAGUUCCUACCCCGGCCAACCAACAGUCAAAAGUCGUCAAGACGAGGGUCAUCAAGAGCACCGCCAAAUGUUCCAGAUUUUUCAUGAAAUCCGAUGAACUUCUCGCCGACAUCAAGAGGGAGAGAGAAGAGAAGCUCGCUCAAGAAAAGCUCGCCCAACGUGCCUGCAGAGACAAAGCUUCUGACAGAGCAUCUGACUUCGUCACCACCACUGAGUCGUCCAACAAGGGCAAGGCUCGUGCCGACUCACUCUCACCCCUGCCAGCUGCUCCAGCCAAGAAACCUGGACUCAAAAGAUCAAGCAGCGGAUUGAGCUUCGAGUGCAGCUCCAGCUCUGCAACAACAAGCGUCAGGGGUGUCCACCUGCUUCUGGCCAUUAUCCCACAGACCCACUACGACCGUUGGUGUGCAGCUUUCGAAGAUCUGUGCAACCUCACAGGCAACAACAUCAACGCCUACUACUCGAGCAUCGAGGCUGCCACCGACCCUGCCGGUCUUAGAAUUUAUGCUGACUGCGAGAACAAGCUCAUGGGUGACAUACUCAAGAAGAAGCUCCGCGGCGACACAGUCCUCAACAAGAAGCUGAUCUGCCAGUUCAUCUAA